AUGCCAACCACACAUGGGGGACUCUUGGAUCAUGGCCGACUCGACGACGUCAAAUUGUCACCAACGAUAUGGAAACCAGUCCGAACAGCAAGAUGGAGUCUUAACAUCGUGCGCCCGGAAUUCUUGAGCUUACGCUCAAACACCAAGAGCAGCUCAAUCAGACCGACAGCGUGGUUAGACGGUCUGAGGGGAUUUGCAGCGUUCUUGGUAUAUCUGCAUCACAAUCAACUGUGGUCCCACGGUGGCAAAGGGAAUCUGGUCUUCGAAAACUCGUUCGGCUACGAGGGAAGAUACUACUCCGCAGCUUUCCCUUUCGUACGGCUCUUCUUCUCUGGUGGCCACUUCGCCGUCGCCAUCUUCUUCGUCAUCUCAGGAUAUGUCCUCUCGCUCAAAAGCCUGAGACUCAUACAGGAGGGAAAACCAUCAAGCGCAUCAGAAACGGUCGGUUCCGCUCUUUUCCGUCGCUGGCUUCGACUUUACAUUCCUGUCAUCAUUGUCACGUUUGCCUGGACGUCAUUCCGACACUGGAGUAAACUGUCACUUGACAUGCACGAGAUGAAAUCCACAUUCCGCGAAGACGUCAUUGUCUGGUACCAAACCCUCAAAAACUACAGCUUCGUAUUCUCUACAAACAUCUAUGAGUUCACGGAAGCGUAUCAUCCUCAUACCUGGUCAAUACCUAUCGAAUUCAAAGGAUCCAUUGUCGUCUACACUACACUUUCUGCACUUUCGCGGUGCACACGGAACGCUCGUUUAUGGUGCGAGGUGGCUUUGAUCACAUACUUUCUCUAUGUGGUAGACGGCUUCUACGCAGCAUUGUUCAUGUCCGGGGUAUUGCUCUGUGACCUUGAAUUACUGGCCCAGCGGGACGAACUCCCGCGCUUUCUUAGUGCGCUGGCCGGAUUCAAGGAGCUCAUAUUUUUCCACUUGUUCAUCGCCGCACUUUACCUCGGCGGAGUACCGGCAUUCGAUGCGCCAGAAAUCGAUCGCACCGUUCUCAUCUCCAGGUCGCCUGGAUGGGUCUGGCUGUCACAUCUCAAGCCCCAAGCUGUCUUCGACGCAAAGUGGUUCUACCUCUUCUGGGCUGCAUCCUUCGCAGUAGCCUCGAUCCCACGCCUGCCAUGGCUCAAGCGCUUCUUCGAGACUGGUUUCUGCCAGUACCUUGCGCGCAUCUCGUUUGCGCUAUACCUAGUCCACGGGCUUGUAAUAUGGACCCUGGGAGACCGACUUUACGCCGCGGUUGGGCUCUCAAGGCCAUUUCACAAGGACGGUAUACCAGGAUGGGUCGACAAGUUCCCGCUCCCCAAGAAAGGGCCUAUGGGUCUUGAGGUUGCAUUCUGGCUACCACAGCUGAUCAUUCUUCCCCUUACACUCUACGCUGCCGAGGUUGUUACGAAACUAGUCGAUGAGCCCAGCGUCACAUUAGCCAAUUGGCUUUACAAGUGUACGGUCCGGCCACAAGUAACCCCGCCGAAGCACCAGCGCAGCUACUCUGUACGAUAG